CAGCAGCAUGAGGACCUGUCCGCCAAGAAGCUGCGGCUGACCAAGCCCAGCAAGUCGGCGGCGCUCCACGUCGACCUGUGCAAAGCCACCUCGCCUGCAGAUGCCUUGCAGUACCUGCUCCAGUUUGCCAGGAAGCCUGUGGAGGUGGAGAGCGUGGAAGGCGUUGUCAGGAUCCUGCUGGAGCAUUAUUACAAGGAGAACGAUGCCUCUGUCAGACUGAAGAUUGCUUCUUUGCUGGGUUUGUUGUCGAAGACUGCGGGAUUUUCCCCGGACUGCAUUAUGGACGAUGCCAUUAACACACUUCAAAAUGAGA